AUGGCCAACGAGCAAGGCGCUCCGGACAAAAUUCCCCCCAAUCAGCCGAACCCCGUCAUCGUCGGACCGGGAUUAUCUGCCCUCGGCGAAGAAGCAUACCUCGAGGCCUCAGCCGCGACUCCAGCCGUCGUCUCGGCGGCCACUGCUGCCGGUAACGCCGAUGGUGCAGUAAACCCUCGAGAACCAAAGCAAGACGAGUCUGCAGCAUCGUAUUUCGCCGAGGUGCCUGGUACGGCGACCGCGCUCAAGGAUGCAUACGCCAAAUCGCCCAUGAGUCCUGCCGACGCCGCGUCGGGCGCAACAUCGGGUCCUGAACUGCUGCGACGUUUAAGUCUCAUCGGCGGCGCUCAUCUUACUCCAGCGACUCCUGUGACCGAUCCGCGGGCGGACCAUCCAGGACUACAAUUGACGGGGCGGAUCAUCAGUGCUUCGUUGUGUAUACCGUACAAGGUUGCACACCAAGCGGGACAGGAUUGGGAAUUGAGUCCUCGUGCAGGCACGUCGGCCUUGUUCGACUCAUUCGCUCAUCUCGCAUCCGACCAAUCGCCAUGGGAUCAUACCUUGGUAGCCUGGACCGGGGAAGUGGAUGAGAUUGUCACCAAGCGAGCACCGUUACAACCAGUCAGCGCGAACGGCGUCAAUGCUGUGCCUACUACACCUCUUCCCGUAAACAAAGCAUCUGCGCCGAUUCCUGUGGAUCUCUCGGUUUCACAAGCCCAGACGCCUGUCGAGGGCAUCCUAGUUUCCACUGCCGACAGAGAACGUCUGGAGAGGCAGCUGAAGUCAGGCAAGUACGGCAAGAUUCUACCAGUCUGGGCAACAGCCGAGUCUGACGAGCCUUCCGACGAGAUUUUGUUGCAAGAUCAAUCUCGGUGGAGGAGAUAUGCUGAACGAGAGUUAUAUCCACUGCUACACUACAAGCAAAAUGGUCCAUCAGACGGGCGCUCAGAGAGAAAGUGGUGGACAGAUUAUAUGCGCCUGAACCGCUUAUUUGCCGAUCGCAUUGCUAAGACAUAUCAAGCUGGAGAUAUUGUAUGGAUCCACGACUAUCAUCUGUUCUUGUUGCCAAAUCUUUUGCGACAACGGAUUCCGAAUAUCUUUAUCGGAUUCUUCCUUCAUUCUCCAUUCCCUAGCAGUGAAUACAUGCGCUGUCUAGCCAAGAGAAAAGAAGUGCUUACCGGAGUGCUCGGAGCGAACAUGAUUGGAUUUCAGACAUACUCAUAUUCCAGACACUUUUCAUCGUGUUGCACCCGCGUGCUCGGAUUUGAGUCAAAUUCUGCUGGUGUUGAUGCCUAUGGAGCCCACGUUGCGGUUGAUGUCUUUGCUACUGGGAUAGAUGCGCAUAAUGUACAAAAGGCAGCUUUUGGUUCUUCAGAUAUCGAGCGAGUCGUUGCGAACAUCAAGAAAUUGUAUGCAGGUAAGAAGAUCAUUGUCGGCAGAGAUCGAUUGGACAGCGUCCGUGGUGUUGCGCAGAAACUGCAAGCUUUUGAAGCAUUCUUGGAAAAGUACCCUCACUGGCGUGAUCAGGUUGUCUUGAUUCAAGUUACGAGUCCGACCAGUAUGGAAGAGCAAAAGGAGGACCCGGAGAACAAGAUUGGCAGCCAAGUUUCGAGUCUUGUUUCUACUAUUAACGGCCGAUUUGGAUCGCUGAGCUUUACGCCUGUGCAGUACUAUCCUCAGUAUAUUUCUCAACUUGAAUACUUCAGUCUCUUGCGCGUCGCAGAUGUUGGUUUGAUCACUAGUGUCCGUGACGGCAUGAACACGACAAGUUUGGAAUAUGUGCUUUGCCAGCAGGGAAACCACGGUCCUCUGAUCUUGUCUGAAUUUUCCGGAACAGCCGCAAUGCUCACCAGUGCAAUUCAUAUCAACCCAUGGGACACGACCGGCGUGGCCGCAGCGAUUGACCAGGCGCUUAGCAUGAGCAAGGAUGAGAAACUCAAACGACACGACGUUGCUUACAAACAUGUCACAUCCAACACGGUAUCGAUGUGGUCACAGCAUUACAUUAACCGCUUGCUCACUAAUCUGUCUUCAUUUGACCAAUCAAUCGCCACACCGGCUUUGGACCGCGCAUCAGUAUUGAAGCAGUACCGAAAGGCCAAGAAACGAUUGUUCAUGUUCGACUACGACGGAACCUUGACACCAAUUGUCAAGGACCCGCAGGCUGCUAUUCCAUCCGACCGCGUUUUGAGGAAUAUCAAGAGUCUAGCCGCAGAUCCAAGAAACGCAGUAUGGAUUAUCAGUGGUAGAGAUCAGGCUUUUCUGGACGAAUGGAUGGGCCAUAUUCCUGAGCUCGGACUGAGCGCCGAACACGGAUGCUUCAUUCGCAAGCCCAAGAGUGACGACUGGGAGAACCUCGCAGCACAAUUCGACAUGGCAUGGCAAAAGGAUGUCAUGGACGUAUUCCAGCACUACACAGAACGCACACAAGGCUCCUUUAUUGAGCGAAAACGGGUUGCCCUGACAUGGCAUUAUCGUCGGGCCGAUCCCGAAUAUGGCCUUUUCCAAGCGAAAGAGUGCCGGAAACACCUUGAGAACACGGUGAUGAAGAAGUAUGAUGUUGAGGUCAUGGCUGGAAAGGCGAAUCUCGAAGUGCGGCCUACAUUUGUCAAUAAGGGGUUCAUCGUGACGAGGUUGUUGAACGAGUAUGGCCGGGGACCUGGCGAAGCGCCAGAAUUCAUCUUUUGUAGUGGAGAUGAUUUUACCGAUGAGGAUAUGUUUCGCUCUUUACGCAACUCAGACCUUCCCCCCGAACACAUCUUCUCAGUCACAGUAGGCGCAAGCUCAAAACAGACACUGGCAAGCUGGCAUCUCCUCGAACCGGCAGACGUUAUAGCGACAAUAGCAAUGUUGAACGGGACGUCGUUGGGAGCUGAAUACUCCUAG